AUGGAUUCUAAGACCGAGAAAGGCCCCAGAACCAUUGAGCUUAGGAAUAAUGUUGACGUCGAUAACACUAUAACCCAAGAUGUUAGCAUUGAGGCAGACUGGACUCCCGAAGAAGAACGCCACAUUCGACGCAAGGUCGACUUGAUCAUAAUCCCAGUUCUGGCCCUCGCCUUCUUUGCACUCCAGAUGGACCGUGGCAAUAUAAGCGCAGCAAUGACUUCGACCCUAAUGGACGACCUCGGCGUCAACACCAAUGCCAUCAAUGUGGGAUCCCAGCUCAUGUCUGCGGGCAUUGUCUUGACUGAAAUACCGUCCAACAUCCUCUUGCAGCGUUUCGGCCCGAAGAAAUGGCUGUCGUUUCAGAUAUUUGCUUGGGGUCUUGUAGCGACCUUCCAGGCCUUUGUUCAAAACUAUGCUGAGUUCCUUGCCACUAGGCUUUUGCUUGGACUUUUGGAGGGUGGAUAUAUUCCUGGUGCACUUUACUACCUCUCAACCUGGUACAAGAAAUCCGAGACCAGCUCACGCGUUACGUUAUUCUUCUUUGGCCAGAUGUUCUCAGCAGCAACUUCCAGCCUAAUCAGUGCCGGUAUAUUAACCAUGGGCAGUAAGCACGGCCUAGAAGGGUGGCGCUGGAUUUUUCUAGUCGAAGGCAUAAUAACCCUGGCAAUCGGCCUAGUCUUCGUACUGAUCCUCCCACCCAAAGUGGGUGACGGCCGAGUUCUCCUUUCACUUGGCCGCUGGAGCUAUUUCAGCCCCCGAGAAUCACACAUCAUCCGUACUCGUGUGCUGCUGGAAACCCCCGAAGCCAAUACCGCAGAUAGGGUACGCAUUACAGCGCGAGAUGUUUGGGACACGGUCAAACAGCCGAAGAUUAUACAGCAUUUCUUCCUUACGCUGGUCUCGAUGAGUGCGCUUUCGGGGUUAACGAGCUAUACCCCGCUGCUGAUCAAGUCGUUCGGGUAUACCUCUGUACAGGCAAAUGCGAUGGCUUCGGUGCCGAUCUACUGCAGUAUGGUCUUUACCUAUACGCUGGCAAGGAUUGGGGAUCGAACAAACCAUCGCGGACCACUAGUUCUGCUCGCCAUUACGUGGAAUGUAAUCGCAUACAUUUGUCUUCGAAAUGUGCCGUUGGAUAGCAGUAAGAACCACAAGUACGGGGUUCUCAUCGCGGCUAAUAUUGGAUACGCGGCCAUGCAUAUUCAAAAUGUUGGCUGGCUCGCUAUUAACUGUACUAAACCGCAGGAACGGAGCGUUGCAAUGGCUGUUAUAAUAAUGGCAGCAAACAUGUCCGGUAUCGCCGGCCACCAGAUCUUUCGCACCGCAGAUGCGCCGCACUAUUUGAAAGGCUUGACCGCUAUUUGUGCCCUUGCUGCGGCGUCAUGGGUGCAGGCUGUUAUUCUGAAUAUUUAUUACUAUGUUAUGCCCAGCGACAUGUCAAGGUAG